AUGGAUGAAGCCUAUGAACCAGUUGCCACCCUUGCUGACGACACCGUGCCAAUUACAUCCACGGCCUCUUCUUGGGGUCAUGCACUAGGAGAGCGAUUGAAAUUACGGUCAUGGUCCCAAACAGGGUCAGACACGAUACAGCCUAGCAAUGCAAUCAACACCCCAAUCACAGAGUGCUUUACUCGUCGAAUUCGCUUAUAUAGCAAAGAUGGGUCAUUUUCCGACGCUUAUCUUGUUUUGUUGUCAACAUACAACACUGAGAGCAGGUCGCCCAGUUUUCUUGGCAGGAUUGUCUACCCAAGACAGGCAGGUUUAGCGAAGAUGAGCGAAUGGAUUGGAAUCUGCGAGCAGUCCCACAAGGAAGUUUGCCGGCCACUACACGAUAAAAGUCCAGCUCAAAGUCUUGGGGAGAGUAUGAGGUUAACCGAUGUUAAUCAAAUGUGUCUUGUCACUGCGGAAAGUACAACGAAAUAUGUCACCCUCAGUUAUUCCUGGGGCAAAACGAAAUUCUUUAAAAACACACGACGUCUUAACGUUAAGUUGCGGAGGCCAGGAUUCCUUAACAUUGUUUUUGAUGAACUUGGCCAAACAAUACAAGACGCCAUAUUUUUAGUGAGAUCUCUUAACAUGGGAUAUCUGUGGGUAGAUAGCAUUUUUAUUGUGCAAGACGACAUAGAAGAUUGGACGCGAAUAGCUCCGGUUAUGGACCGAAUAUAUGGCUAUACCACGCUUACCAUCUGCGCUGGCAGUGGUGGUGAUGUUUCCGAGGGUCUUCCUAGAGCACAUUUGGGUUCUCGUCGAUUGAUCCAAUACGUUGAGCGCGUUGCAGGAUUAGAAUUGAUGGUUGUCCGAUCUCCUGAGAAUUACAUCAGAACAUCUCCAUGGAACACUAGAGCGUGGACAUUUCAAGAAAGGCUUCUUUCGAGAUGA